AAUUAAAGAAAUAGGUAACCGUGACUUCAUUGGUUUAAUGUAGUGCGGCUGCUUAUUUCUUUCACAAGUGUCUGAAAGACCCCCCCCCCCCCCACCUCCACAAGCGUUAAAAGGCGAUAAUGUGAAUAUUUCCCAAUAUAGCUGACAAAACAAAUUAGUAGUUGUGCCCAGAGUGACGUCACUAUCCGAACUCGAUCUGCAGGAAGAUGAGACUUGUUUGUCGGGACAGAUUUCACUCUCCUGCAGCGUCCAGCGUUUGGGGUGCUUGGACUGGGGUGGUUGAAGGUCCAUCUGGAGGCUAUAAAGAAGCUCCGCAAGUGAGAGCAUGAAGAAGGAAGGGGAAAAUGCAAAUAAACCUGAUAACACAGCCUUCACCCAACAGAGACUUCCUGCGUGGCAGCCUAUACUGUCUGCAGGAAUAGUUAUCCCUGGGUUUGUCGUCAUUGGACUGGUGUUCAUCGCCAUUGGCGUUGCACUCUUCCUCACCUCCAAGAACAUCCAAGUUCUGGAGAUGGAUUAUACGGGAACGGACACUGGAUCUCCCUGUUCUAAAUGCACUUAUAAUGUAUCUUGUAAGUGCUUGCUCACCUUUCAGCUGGACAAACUGUUUGAGGGUCCUGUUUUCUUUUAUUAUGGCCUGUCUAACUACUACCAGAACUAUCGCAAAUAUGGAGUUUCUCGGGAUGACUACCAGCUCUUUGGGUACAUUUCCAAUCUGAAGAAUCCAGGAAAUGAUUGUUCUCCUUUCCAGUAUGACCCCACAGGCCAGCCGAUCGCUCCAUGCGGGGCAAUUGCUAACAGCUUCUUUAAUGACAGCUUCAGGCUAUUUCACAAUGUUGAUGGAGUGGAUAUGGAAGUUCCUCUGGAUGGAAAAGGAAUAUCUUGGUGGUCAGAUUAUAAUGUGAAGUUCCGAAAUCCUGAACUAACAAAUGGCACCCUGAAAGACACUUUUAAAGGCACUGUGAAGCCUUUGAACUGGGUUAAGCCUGCGUAUGAACUAGACAGCAAUGUGAACAACAAUGCGUUUUUGAAUCAGGACUUCUUGGUGUGGAUGAGGACUGCAGCUCUUCCUAACUUCAGGAAGCUCUACAGACGAAUUACUGAGGGAAAUUACUCCAGUGGCUUACCUGCAGGGAACUACUCCUUGGAAAUAUCAUACAAUUACCCAGUGGCGAUUUUCCAAGGCCAGAAGAAAGUGGUAUUCAGCAAUGUUUCUUGGAUGGGAGGAAAGAACGAGUUCUUGGGGAUAGCCUAUUUGGUUAUUGGCAGUCUUUGCAUCGUUAUGUCCGUUGUCAUGCUUAUUGUCUAUGCAAAGUUCCAGGUUCCGGAUGAGGAUUUGUGAAAUCUGCUGGAAACUGGAGGUUCAUUAAGAUGCUUCGUUUCAUUGUAUGCUGGUUGGGAAUUCAGUCUUGUUUUUCUUGACGUGCUGCUAUGUUGUUUUUAAUGAGGUUUGACAUCAGGUGCUUUAACUUGCAUACAACAGGUGGAAUCCUGCAUUAGGACAUAUAUACUUUAAAAUCAUUAGGAAUUAAAAUUAAAAUAAUAUUAGGUACUAUGAACACUGAACUUUUAAGCCAUGUUUUUCCCCAGUUUUAAACAGUCAAUGCUGUGACCUUGCAGGACUUUCAAUUGAUUUUUAUAUGGAAUGCAAUUUCUGCACGUUAAUCUAAACCACAUCAAAAUCAACUGCAUCUUGAUUUGUUUAGUCCAUUUUUGUUUCGGGGGCUUAUUUUGGACAUAUGGUAGCAGGUAUCAUGAAACAAAUGGGUAAUGCGGAUGUGGUGAUCACAUGCAUUUAAGGCAUGUGUGCAAUACCUACUUUUUGCAAAUUGAUGAGGAGAGUUUGCUGAAUCUUUGAGUUGGGCUUCAGAAAGAUGUCUCAUGGUCUCCUUUGCAGUGUAGCAUUGAGGUGUUUCCGUUUCUUGUGUGCAGCCUAUUAUAAAUCAUAUUUCCCAAUCCGAGCCAUUGUCAUCAUGAAAAACCUGAUGACAAACAGCAUGGUAAUUUCCAAGUUUGUGUAGACACACCCAUGAAUUUAUGAGGUUUCUUGCGAACCUAAGCAUGCAAAAACACUAAGAACAUGCUAAAAGUGAUUUAUACGGACAGGAGUAACCUCUACACCUUGAUAAUUGUAAUGGCUCAAAUGGACUGAAAGAAAUCAUGUUAUAAAUAUGAACGUAUCCUGACUCAGAAACUAAAUAACUUUUUAAACUGUGUAUUUAGUUAAUGGCCUUUGUAAAUUACUCACUUUGUGUUUUUUGGGGUUCUCAAAUGUAUUUUAUUCUUGCUCUAUUCUUUUUUUAAAUGAUACUUCUGUAUAGGGGGAGCCUUAACCUACUUAUUUAAAUGUUAUAUUUUUACAAUGCUGGAUACUUUUCUAUGAGUGAAUAAGGUGUUUACAAAUUUGUAUAUGUUCUAUGUGAGAGAUUACACCACCUCUUUUUUCCAUAGUUGAGAGAGUCACUGUGCAAUGCAGGCAGCUGUGGAUUGAACUGUUGAAAAUUGCUGUUCUGUUUUUCCAAUGAUGGGAUGGAGGUUCCCUAGUACUUGAAUUUUUUCUUAUUAACCAGUGCCGGGGGAAACAAAAAGUACAUUUCCGCAAAUCCACAUUAUUUUUUUAAUAAAAAUGGGCACCAUCAUAUACUCUAUCUAGCUGGAAUCCAGAGACAAGAGGCUUUCUGAUAAUGAAUGGAUGAAUUGUCUAAAGGAGACGGAUUGUAUUAUGUGGUUUUUAUUUUUAAUGAAGUGCACUUUUAAAAACUGCAUCUUCAGAUUUGAAACAUAGACAUAUGCAACUAAAAAAUAGAUAAGUGGAAGAUAGAAGGAAUUAACAUUUGGUUUCAUACUGAAUAAUAUCCUGUCAAAGCCCAUGAUUUAAUCUUUACGGUGAAAAUAAUUCUGACCAUUUAUUAGUCCUAUUUUCCUAGGAUAAUUUUUACCUCUGUAUUUUUGUUUCAUUUUCUGAAGAUGAGGAAGGAUCGUGUAAACAAUCUUGACACAUGAUUUUAUUUUAAUGCUUUUUAGUUUUAUGAAAACUUUUUUAUUUUUUGGUAUAUUAUUGAUCACAUCCAAUCAGUUAGCAAUGAAUAAUUCAUGGUUUCAUUAUUGAAAAAUAUCUCUCUUCCAUAUCUAUACAGAGUUUAAAGGCAUGUAGUUCAUCAAAGUAAGAAAGUGCCUGUUUUUUAAAAUGAGCUAUUUUUAAAUUAUGACCAAAUAAGUCUGAAAAUAUAUUUUUGUGAUUUGACAUCUUGUUCCUGUACAACCACAAUGGAAGGCAAGGAAAAAUACAAUUUUAGUAUUUUAGUGGUAGAAGUUAAAUAUCAAAGUCUGUGAAAUUCACACUAAGAAUGUUUAGUACUGAAUAAAACUCUUCUGCUGAAA